AUGCUAUCGGACGUUCACAAGGUGAAAUGUAGUCACCGCUUUGUGAAACCAGUCCUGAAUCAAGCAGGAAAGAAAAAAUCGAGGAGGCUGGCACGCCAUAAAAAAGCAUCGGCAUCAGGAGUGACGCCCACAGGGUACCUGAGGCCACUGGUGCACAUGCCGAGCAGACGCUACAACUACAAGCUAAGAUUUGGACGCGGAUUCACGCUACAGGAACUUAAGGCAGCAGGACUAGGAAAGAAGGUGGCUAGAAGCGUGGGAGUGGCAGUGGACCACAGAAGAACGAACAAGUGCGCAGAGAGCCUGAACCUGAACGUUAACAGACUGAAGACGUACCUGUCGAAGCUGGUGGUAUUCCCAAGGAAGAAGAACGCCAAGAAGGGAUUCUCAGGCCUGCCGUCGGACACGCCGAGAGAAAAAUUGCAGACACUGGCGCUUUCCAAGCAGUCAGUGAAGAAAGUAAUGCCAGUAGUGCAGGAGUUCGUAUCGGAGGCGCCGAGGGAAGUGACGGAAAGCGAAAGAAGCGUGAAUGUGUACCAAAAGUUGCGCGUAGCAAGAAAGGCAGCAAAGGCAAAGAAGUCCGCGAACGCAGAAGCAUAA